CAGCUCAGCUCGCUCCGGCAGUCAGAGCGAGCGGCCAGUGCAGCGCUGCUGCUCCCAGUAUGAACACAGAGAGCUGAGACCAGAGCAGAGACCGACCGGGCUGCAUCUCUCUCUCUCUCUCUCUCUCUCUCUCUCUCUCUCUAUCUCUCUCUCUCUCUCUGUUUCUCUGUGUCUCUCUGUGUUUGAGUUACUGGUCGUCCUCCUGCUGUUUUUUUCUCUCCGCAUGAUGGAAAGCUAGAGCUGGAGCUCUGAGAUGCCCUUCAGCGCAGACAUGAUCUCCGAGCAGCACAAUCAUCAUGUCGUUAGCACCAUCGAGACGGUCCCCUCAGACACGGCCACUGCCUCCCCCACGCUCCUCACCCGGCUGAGGAAAGUCUUUAACAGAGAGCUCCUCCUCACUCUGGCUAUGGGCCAGGUCCUGUCGCUGCUCAUCUGCGGGAUUGGCCUGACCAGCAAGUACUUGGCUACUGAUUACCAUGCCAACACUCCAGUGUUCCAGAGCUUUCUCAACUACAUCCUGCUGUUCCUGGUCUACACCACAACACUCGCAGUACGACAAGGAGAGGAAAACUUGCUGGCAAUCUUGAAAAGACGAUGGUGGAAAUACAUGAUCUUGGGCCUGAUUGAUAUUGAGGCCAACUACCUGGUCAUUAAAGCCUACCAGUACACCACUCUUACCAGUGUGCAGCUGCUGGACUGCUUCGUCAUCCCUGUGGUUCUGCUGCUGUCCUGGUUCUUCUUGUUAGUGAGGUAUAAGGUGGUGCACUUUGUGGGUGUGGGCAUGUGCCUGCUGGGCAUGGGCUGCAUGGUGGGAGCUGACGUGCUGGUAGGAAGACAGCAGGGCUUGGGAGACCAUAAGCUGCUGGGGGACCUGCUGGUUCUGGCCGGUGCUACGCUGUACGGCAUCUCUAACGUGUGUGAGGAAUUCAUUGUGAAGAACUUGAGCCGUGUCGAGUUUCUGGGCAUGAUGGGCCUCUUCGGCUCCUUCUUCAGCGGCAUCCAGCUAGCAAUCAUGGAGCACAAGGAGCUGCUGAAGGUGCAGUGGGACUGGCAAAUAGGACUCCUGUACAUCGGCUUCAGCGCCUGCAUGUUUGGACUCUACAGCUUCAUGCCUGUGGUCAUCAAAAGGACGAGCGCAACUGCGGUGAACCUCUCCCUGCUGACCGCUGAUCUCUACAGCCUCUUCUGUGGCCUGUUCCUGUUCCAGUACAAGUUUUCAGGGCUCUACCUGCUGUCCUUCUUCAUCAUUUUUCUCGGGCUGGUGCUCUACUCCUCAUCUUCUACCUACGUGGCGCAGGAUCCCCGGGUGUACAAACAGUUCCGUAACGCAGGAAAUGCGGUACCAGACACGCCGAAUGUGGGGCCCCUGGAGCCUUCAGUUACCUACAGCAGCCUCGGCCAGGAGAUUGAGGACGAGCCUCGCAUUCGAGUAGCCUGAAAGGGUGGAGCUUUACAGAUUCAAUCGUCCACUGCCCCUCACACAGUCUGUAGAAUGUGAAUGAUGAUUAUCACUGAAUGAUGUAUAUAACCACGUAGCAAACAAUUACACUGUGAUCACAAACUGUGAAUAGGUAGCAGUGAUCAAUGACUUUCUCAAACCCCUGUAUAGACAUGAUGCCACCUCGUCUCCCCCUCCCCCAGCAACAGUUUAGGUGUUUAGAAGGAUUUGUGCUGACUGUUCGUGCAAAAGCGCCAUUGUGAUUCUUUUAUUUUCUUAUAUGAGCACAAGAGGUUCAAUGUAUUUGAGAUUUUUACAUGUAUUUUCUUGCUACUCUCAUUAAUAUUUUAUGCCUCUGAGUUAAUUCUCUCAAUCUCUGUCUCCUGGACAACUGCAAUUCUGACUUUUGAUCAGUUACUUAUUGAUUUGCCAAGAGCCAGUGCCUUGCCAUGUACAGCUAUUGUUGUUUAAACAGUAUAACUGAUCACACCAUAUCUGAUCACUUUGCCCCAAGUGUUGUCUGAGGACAUCAUUUUGUGAGAAAGUGCUGCAUUCUGUGCUAAAACAAAAAGGAUAUUAACCAUCCGAAGAACAAACGUGAAACAAAACAAAAUAAAACAAUGAGUCUUUUUUAUCUACUAUGCUUAAACUAUUCCACCAGUUGUCCCUGGUCGGUUAUUCUUUUUUGAGUAGGCAAAGUUACUGAUUGUCUUAGACUGUAUUUUUUUGUUUUUAACACAUGAAAGUAUAUGACACUUUUGUUUGUUUAAUGAUGAAAUGUGUAUUAGCGAUUGAUUAUAAACUUGUACAAAAAAGCAAUGAGAAGAGAGAAAAAAAGACGCUUGUCUUUACAGAGUUCUGUUUUAAUUUGUUUUAUGGCUGAUCAUCAGCUGCACUGUAGUCCUAAGUAUUAUCACAUUUGGAAAAAAAAAUCUCUGUAUAAAGUUAUUUUGAACAGAUUCUUUAAAAAAAUCAUUUGACUUUUUUAUUUGCCAUUUAAAUAUUGGAAUUCUUAAUGUGUCCGAGUGGUCGCUUUAAAUAAAGUAUCUUUGUCUUAAAGCUGAAAA